AUGGCUGAGGUUCAGUCAGUGAAAACUCGAGUUUUGGGUUUGAAACAAGCCGCUGAUUUGAUGCAAAGUGUUAAUGUUUCCCUUCCAGGCUUCUCUCACCAUGAACUAAAUGCCUUGCAUGCCACUUCCAAUGAUCAAUAUACGGAAUUGGUUCGAUAUGAAAGUACUUUAGCCAUGAAGCUUACCCUCUUACAAAGGUCAAUGGAUUUAAUGUUAGCCAAUUUGACCUCCAUUGGGUUUCCAAACAUUGAGAGGCAAUUAAUUUUUACCAAUCAUGCGGGUACUGCCUUCCUAAUGGCCAACGGAAGUGUUGGAUACAUUGGCUACCGUGAUGCAUCAAAUGGCUUUCAGGGUUCUGAGCCGGGUUACGAUACAUCUCAACGAGUCCUUUCCGAACCUGUCCUUGUGGAUCUAUCUCCUUUGCAAGGUACACCAGUCAUCGGUAUUUUACCAAUAAGUUCCGGUUUUUAUGUAUGGACAGCAAAGAAUGAAUUUUGGGGAUGGGGUUCCAAUCCAGGAAAUGCACAUGGCUAUGGAAAUGGCGUAACUGGACCUGUGUGGGUCAUGAAGAAGGUCGACUUUGGACAAAUAACAGAGGCAGUAACUCCUCAAAAGGUUAAAUGUUACACUCAUAUUCAUUGGUCAGAGAAUGGUGUCAACAUUUAUGAUUAUGGCAAAUGUCUUCUUCUCUCCACAGAAGGUAAUAUGUACCUUUGGGGACGAUAUAGUGCAUGGUGGACUGCCAACAAGGUCUUUCCUUUUCAAGUAACAGUAGGGGGUGUGAAUCACAGAAUUUCAGAUUUUGCAAUGUCUUGGAAAAGAGAUUACAACAACAGGCACACCUAUUGCGCCAUUUCAAUGACUGAUGAAAAGACAUACUGUACAGGAUUUUGUGACAAUGGACAAUGUGGUGAUGGUACACUCAUCAACCGGUGCGACCCUAAUGGCCUCAUUGAUACCAACUGGCAGCCAGUUGCGUCAAACGUAAAGUUUGCAAAGAUUUAUGCUGGUUAUCAAUUUUUCAUGGCCAUCGAUUACGACGGUAAGGUUUAUUCUUGGGGACGUGAUCAAGGCUAUGACAAUUUACAAAGAACUCCAGAUGCUUUGAAUCCCAAUAACAAACCAGGUCUCAUCGAUCCCUCCAAAAAAGGAUUUAUUGCUUCUUCUAUUUGCAUUCAAGAUCAUGGUUGCGGAGGUGUACUCAUUAACGAAAAAGGCGAACCUUAUUUAUUCGGAGGUGUAGGUCAAAGUUCUUAUACGACCUAUUCAGAACCUUACUUGAUGAGCGUGUUUCAAGGUAAAAAGGUUGUCUCUUGUAGUGCAACCCCUUAUGCAGUCCAUUUAAUAUUUUCAGAUAAUACGAUUUAUUCCAUUGGACAAAACGAUCACAAUGAGUUAUACAUGAACUCGGACACCACCUAUGUCAACUUUUUCACCCAAACGAGUUUCCCAAUUUUCUAA